AUGAAAAGGAACAGACAGUUGAAGUCAAAGUGGGUAGCUAAACAAUUUUUAGAGGUUUUCAAGAACAGACCCCAUUGGCCAGCAAAAGAGAUAGUUGAAACUAUUAGAAGGGCCUUUAAGAUAGUUGUUGAGAGAGGAUUUGCAUACAAGGUGAAGUAUGCAGCUCAUAGAAUGCUUCAUGGCUCAAUGCAUGAACAUUAUGCAAAGUUGGGAGGCUACAUAGCAGCUUUGAAGGCUGGCAGUCCUGGUAGCUGUGUUGAGUUGGUGACAGUAACAACACUGAACAAACAGCCUGCACCACCACCUGUUUUUCAAAGGUUGUUCACUUGUUUUGAAGGUCUGAAAAAGGGAUGGGAUGGUGAGGGUGUGUGCAUCAUAUCUGAUGAACAUAUGGCCAUUUUGAAUGGUGUGAGAAAUGUUCUCCCUAAGGCUGAACACAGGCAUUGUGCUAGGCACAUAUAUGCUCUGUGGCAUAAGACCUACAAGGGGGAUGAACUGAAGCUGAUGUUCUGGAAAAUAGCCAAGUCAUACAACAUGGCAGAUUACAAUGAAAAUCUUGAGGCUUUGGAGAAACUAGAUCCUGAUGCAGCAAAUGCAUUCAUAGCAUACAAUCCAAAACUUUUCUGUAGGGCUAUUUUGGACACUUCUGUCAAAUCAGAUGCAAUCACCAGCAACAUGGCAGAAACUUUUAAUGGAUAUAUCAUCAAUGCAAGAACAAAACAUCUUAUUUAUAUGCUUGAAGAGAUAAGGGCAAGCCUAAUGCAGAGGCUUGUGUUGAAAAGGAUGGAAAUGCAUAAAUGCAGCUCUGUUUUGUGUCCAAACAUUCAGAAAAGGUUAGAAAUAGAGAAGAACAAGGCUGCUUACUGUGAUGUUAUGCCUUCAUCAGAGACCUUGUUUAAUGUCAGCUAUCAGUUGGAUUCCUUAGUGGUUAAUUUAGAGACUAGAACCUGUACUUGUAGAAAGUGGGACAUGGUUGGAAUACCAUGCUAUCAUGCAGUGGCAUGCAUUUUUUUCUUGCACAAGGAAGCUAAGGCUUAUGUGGACAGAUGUUACUGGAAGGACUUGUAUUUCAAAGCAUAUGCAGGGUCAAUUCCACCUUGUGAAGGGGAGAGACACUGGCCAAGAGUACAGUGGGCUUUGGAUCCUCCCCCAAUUAAAAUAGGGCCUGCCAGACCAAGGAAAAACAGGAUCAAAGAUCCCCAUGAAAAUCCUUCAAGGACUGGUCACCUCACUAGGGCUGGGAUGGAGAUGACAUCCAGUAAUUGCCAAUUGAAGGGCCACAACAAAAGGAAGUGUCCUAAUCCAACCUCCUAUGCCAGUGAGCCUCCCACCAAGAAGCAAGCAACUGCAGCUCAACCUCAACCACAACACCCACCUACUGAUACUGAUGCAGAGGCUCAGUCACAUCAUCAGGCUACAGCACAGCCCAACCAACUUGGUAGGGGUGGUAAAAUGAUCAGAGGAGGCAGGGGCUCAAGAGGGGGAAGGACUAGCUCAGCUUCUGGUGGAGAAAGAAGCACUGCAUCUGCAACAGGACAGGGAAGGGCUAGCAGGGGAUCAACAGGUGGCAGGGGAUCAAGAGGUGGGAGGGGCUCAAGGGGUGGGAGGGGCUCAAGAGGUGGAAGGGGCUCUAGAGGUGGCAGGACCAGCCUUCCAAUUGGUGCUGGAGUGCUGUUUGCAGCUGAUGGUUCUGCUGCAAUAAACCAGGGUCCAUCUCAGUCUGAUGUAAACCAGGGUCCUUCACAAGUCACCCAAAAUGUGCAUCCCACUCAGACAAGCAACAUCUGA